AUGAAUCAGAAUGCGCUGCAGAAGCAGACAAUCGCCCUUUGCUCCCCAUUACCUGUGGUCAGCGAUCUCGGUACUUCUCCACGUGAAGCUGAGAAGAGACUAGAACAGCUGGCCCAGCUAUGA